AUGACACCGAACGCACCCAUCGAGGUCCAAGCAGGAUCCUACGUUGGAUUCGACACCAUCACUCGUCAGAUCGAGCACAAGCUGUUGAAACGUGGAUUUCAAUUCAACGUCAUGGUCGUCGGUCAGACCGGUCUCGGUAAAUCAACCCUCAUCAAUACACUCUUUGCCUCCCAUCUCGUCGAAUCGAAAGGACGUAUUGAGCCAGAGGCUGUCUCCCCAUCGACCACUGAGAUACACGCUCAAUCACACAUCAUCUCUGAAAACGGUGUCAAGCUCAAGCUCAACAUCAUUGAUACUCCUGGAUACGGAGACUUGAUCAAUAACGAAGGCUGCUGGGAUCCCAUCAUCAAACACAUCAAAGACCAACACUCUGCGUACCUGCGUAAAGAGCUUACAGCCAUGCGUGAUCGCUACAUUCCCGAUACUCGAGUUCACUGCUGCUUGUUCUUUAUCAAUCCUACAGGUCAUACCCUCAAGCCUAUUGACAUUGUGGUGCUGAAAAAACUCACCGAUGUGGUCAAUGUCGUACCCGUCAUUGCAAAGGCCGACUCGAUGACUCUGGAGGAGAGGGCACUGUUCAAAGAGCGGAUCAUGGCCGAGCUACAGCACCAUCAAGUCCGUCUCUACCCUUUUGACGCUGAGGAGAAUGAUGAUGAGGAGCUGCAGCUCAACCAGAGAAUUCGGUCCAUGCUUCCAUUCGCGGUCGUGGGCUCGGAGCGCAACGUCGUGAUCGAUGGCAAGUCGGUCCGAGGACGGAAGAACAGAUGGGGAGUGAUCAAUGUGGAAGAUGAGAGGCAUUGCGAGUUUGUCUACCUACGCAACUUUCUCACCAGGACACAUCUGCAAGAUUUGAUCGAAACGACGGCGCAGAUUCACUAUGAGACAUUCAGGUCGAAGCAACUGUUGGCCUUGAAGGAGUCGUCUGCCAAACAGCAGCAGCAAUCUGCUCCGGCUUAG